CGCGAGGGGGUGCAGGCACCGCCGGAGCCGCCGCCACGGGGAUCUCUGCAGCGCCGGGUCAGGUCGGGCCUGGCCGGGCUGGGCCGCAGUGGCAGCAUGUUGGGCGCUCGGGCGGCAGCGAGCGCGGCGGGGCCGCAGUGGUGCCGGGCGCUACGCAGCUCUGCUGCCCUGGGCGGCUCCAGGAACCUGCUGUGGAAAAUGCUCCGGAAAAAGAAAAAGAAGUUUUGGUAUGAGAGCCCUACCCUGGGAUCUAAAAUGAUGUGUAAACCAACCACUUUGGCCUCCAUAAUGAAAGCUGACCAGAUAAAAACUAGGAAAGAAGAUAACAUACGCUUCAGAAUCUUGAAUGGUCUUAUUCAUAAAGCUGUGGUAGAGAUGAUGGCUACCUGUGAAGUUAAUCAAGAACUUUAUGAUCUUAAGCUGGAAAUCUGCAAGGUGUCACUGGCAUCAAACUUUUCAGCCUGUCGUGUGUACUGGAAUCCUACUGCUACUAUGGAGAAGGAAAGUUAUGUUGAAAGUGUACUGCAGAAGAGUGCUCCACGUAUACGGUAUCUUCUGAAGAGUCAGCAGAUUUUAGGAAAUAUGCCCCCAGUAGUAUUUGUAAAAGACAAAGAAGCUGCAGCUGUAAGAGAGAUUGAGGAAUUAUUAUCAGUUGCUGAUUUUGGACCUCCGGAAGCAGAAGAAACAUCUCAGAAUGAUUCUAGUAAACUGUUGUCUUCAGCAACUGAAUCUUCAGAUCCACCCAUGCGGUCUAAUCUUUUUGGUAUUGAUCAUGAACUGCUGAAUAAGCAGAUAAUGGACUACAAAAGACUGAAAGUGUCAAGAGAUAUAGAAAGCAUUGCCUGGACAGAAGAGCAGGAGCAGCAGCUUUCUAAGAUUCGAAAGAAAAUGAAAAAGAAAAAAACAAAGAAUUCUCCUGAUGAUGACAUUACACCACAGAAAUACUUAGUGGACAGAUAUGAAGCUGAUUACUGGGACGAUAACACUGAAUCAGUCUCAGACUAUGAGCUGGAGGAUGAAUUGCAGGAAGAUGUAAAUGAACUGGAGGCAGAUGAUGGCAAAACUAUAAUUCAACCUACUGAUAAACUGAAAUGAAAAAGCCACUCCCUUUAAAACAGAGGCUGCCAAUAGCAAAGAAGACUGCUGCAGAUACUGAAAGAUUACUUUUGUACAGCCGGUUUAUCACUUCCUCUUUCAAACUAAUAGGUUUGUCACAUGUGGGGAGAUCUGCUAGCGCAAGGUAUGUAAGAAAAGGAAAAGUGCUAUUUGUGACAUUCUGUUAAGCAGCUUUCAAGCUGCUGCAGUUGUAGAACUUUCAACCAGAGAACCGAUUUGUAAUAACAAAAUAAACACAGUGGAGCAAAAAUUCUGUUAUUGAAAAUAAAAUCAGGAUUUCUGUA